UCAAUAACAUCCGCUUUGGUGAUGUCUUGUAGAUCGGAUAAAAACGCAGCAUUGUAUCCCACCGCUCUGUCCCCUGCAACAUUCCUGCUAGUUCUCUUUGCACUCCAGUUACUUUUGGGUCGUUUCAAGGGCUUCGGAGCAGGAAAAGAGAAACCCGAAACUCCACAAUGGCAGCAAUUCUCCUCCGGUCCCUUUUGAACAAGAAGGUGCCCCUACACCUGGGUCGCCUUUGUUACUCCUCCUCCUCAGUGCCCACCACCAAGCUGUUCAUCGAUGGCAAGUUUGUUGAGUCCAACAGCUCUGAAUGGCUUGACAUUCACAACCCUGCCACUAAUGAGGUGGUGGGACGUGUUCCCAUAGCUACCGAGGAGGAGAUGCUGGCAGCUGUUGACUCCUGCUCCAGAGCCUAUGGGUCCUGGUCCGAGACCUCCAUCCUCAGCAGGCAGCAGAUCUUCCUGCGCUACCAGCAGCUCAUCAAGGAUAACAUUAAAGAACUGGCUAAAUUGAUCACCUUGGAGCAGGGCAAAACUCUGGCUGAUGCAGAGGGAGAUGUGUUUAGAGGACUCCAGGUGGUUGAGCAUGCCUGCAGCAUUACCUCUCUCAUGCUGGGGGAGACGUUGCCUUCCAUCGCCAGGGACAUGGAUACCUACACCUACCGCCUGCCCAUCGGAGUGUGUGCCGGUAUCGCUCCGUUUAACUUCCCCGCCAUGAUUCCUCUGUGGAUGUUCCCCAUCGGCAUGGCUUGUGGCAACACCUACCUGAUGAAGCCCUCUGAACGGGUCCCAGGGUGCACCAUGCUCCUGGCCAAAUUGCUCCAUGACGCCGGCGCACCAGAUGGUACACUCAACAUCAUCCACGGCCAGCAUGCAGCGGUGAACUUCAUCUGUGACCACCCGGCCAUCAAAGCCAUCAGCUUUGUGGGCUCCAACACGGCUGGAGAGCACAUCUACGAGCGGGGAUCUAAGAACGGCAAGAGAGUGCAGUCCAACAUGGGUGCCAAGAACCAUGGUGUGGUGAUGCCUGAUGCCAACAAAGAGAACACCAUCAACCAGCUGGUGGGGGCUGCUUUCGGUGCAGCUGGUCAGCGCUGUAUGGCUCUCUCCACUGCUAUUUUUGUAGGAGAAUCUCGCAAAUGGCUCCCAGAGCUGGUGGAGCGCUCUAAGUCACUCCGCGUCAGCGCAGGUGAUCAACCUGGGGCAGAUGUGGGUCCCCUGAUCUCUCCUGAAGCCAAGGCCAGGGUGGAGUCUUUGAUCCAGAGUGGGGUGGAUGAGGGUGCCAAGCUGCUGCUGGACGGGAGGAAUGCCAACGUCAAAGGAUAUGAAAAUGGAAACUUUGUAGGACCCACCAUCCUGAGCAGUGUUACGCCGAGUAUGAAGUGUUACACAGAGGAGAUCUUUGGACCGGUGCUUGUCGUCCUGGAGGCUGACAGUCUUGACGAAGCAAUUUCUUUAAUCAACAGUAACCCUUACGGCAACGGCACCGCCAUCUUCACCACCAAUGGAGCCACAGCACGCAAAUACACACAUGAGGUGGACGUUGGCCAGAUUGGCGUGAACGUGCCCAUCCCUGUCCCCCUCCCCAUGUUCUCCUUCACUGGCUCCAGAGGCUCAUUCAGAGGAGACACCAACUUCUAUGGCAAGCAGGGCAUCCAAUUCUACACUCAGAUCAAGACUGUGACAUCCCAGUGGAAGGCGGAGGACACCACUCUGACGAGCCCAGCUGUUACCAUGCCAACCAUGGGGCGUUAAAUUGACGACACAUCUAACGUAACCUUCAGUGAUUUCUCAUAUGCCUUAAGAAGAAGAUCAUGGAAGGAAUUUUAAAAAAAGGUCCCCUUUUGAGAAAUAUCCACACUGGGGAUUAUUAGUUAGCAAAAAAAAUUUAUUUCGAACAUCGAGGACGAUGUUGUUGCACAAACACACAAAAAUGCAAAUUACAGACGGGAGAGCUUAGCUGGACUAAUGCAAUGAAUGGUGCUGUGAAUCUCUUCAUGAGUUUGUUGUCAUUUCUACCAGUUUUCUCCUGUUUGUGUCCUGUUCUGGGUCCUUGGGUACUCUGGUGUCACAUUUCUUAUAAGUAGAAUCAAAAGGAUCAGAUUCUGCCUUUUUUAAAGCGGUGUCUGCAGAUGUCUUCCACCAUUUCACUCUGUGGUUCUUUUGGCUUGUUCUGUUUAUCAGAGCGUUGUGUAGCUACUUGAAAAGUACAUAUAAAUGGAGCAAAUGCGUCAUUAGAACAAGAGCCUAGUUAAAACUGAAAUAAUGGUUGUAGUUCUUGUCCCUCUAAAUGUAUAUCCUACUGUCCAGUGUUGGGACUAAUGUGUUUUCGGUGUCACAUAGAGGCUCGAGGGUUUGUACUGUAUUGUCGGAGUGAUGCUGAAAGGUAUAAAAGUUCAAUUGCAUUGUUUUACAUUUUAGCUCCUUGAAACUUUGUCCCCUUGACUUCUUCUUAGGUCUUUGUGGCUGAAGAUUAAAAGACGAGAGUCUGUAGUUCACUCUUUGAAUAAAGACACUAAUUUGACUAAA